GCUGGACAGCCGGGUCUCCUCUGAAUGUGUCCGCCGCCGCCAUUGUGCGGCGCUAGUUCCCUCAGAGGGUACCAGCUGUGGCCAGUGCCUCGAGCGCUUCCCCUCGCUUCUCGCUCUCCUGUGCUGGGAGCCCGGCAGGCCCGGGACUCCUGUCCGUGCCGGUGCGGGCGCCGGCAUGUGGCUGUGGGAGUACCAGGGGGGCCUCUUGGGCCCCUUCUCCUUCCUGCUGGUGCUGCUGCUGCUGCUGACGCGCAGCCCCUUCAAUGCCUGUGUCCUCACAGGCAGCCUCUUCAUCCUGCUGCGCUUCUUCAGCUUUGAGCCGGUGCCCUCCUGCAGGGCCCUGGAGGUGCUCAAACCCCGGGACCGCGUUUCAGCCAUCGCCCAUCGCGGCGGCAGUCACGACGCCCCCGAGAACACGCUGGCGGCCAUUCGGCAGGCAGCUAAGAAUGGAGCAACAGGUGUGGAGUUGGACAUUGAGUUUACUGCUGACGGAGUUCCUGUCUUAAUGCACGAUAACACAGUAGACAGGACAACCGAUGGGACUGGUCGAUUGUGUGAUUUGACAUUUGAACAAAUUAGGAAGCUUAAUGCUGCAGCAAAUCACAGACUUAGGAAUGAUUUCCCUAAUGAAAAGAUCCCUACCCUGAGGGAAGCUGUUGCAGAGGCCCUAAACCAUAACCUCACAAUCUUCUUUGAUGUCAAAGGCCAUGCACAUAAGGCUACUGACGCUCUAAAGAAAAUGUAUAUGGAAUUUCCACAACUAUACAAUAAUAGUAUUGUCUGCUCCUUCUUGCCAGAUGUUAUCUAUAAGAUGAGACAAACAGAUCCGAAGGUAGUAACAGCUUUGAUUCACAGACCUUGGAGCCUUAGCCAUACAGGAGAUGGGAAACCACGCUUUGAUACUUACUGGAAACAUUCCAUAUUUGUAAUAGUGGACAUUUUGCUCGAUUGGAGCAUGCAUAAUAUCUUAUGGUACCUGUGUGGAAUUUCAGCUUUCCUUGUGCAAAAGGAUUUUGUAUCCCCGAACUACUUGAAGAAGUGGUCAGCUAAAGGAAUCCAGGUUGUUGGUUGGACUGUUAAUACCUUUGAUGAAAAAAAUUACUACAAAUCCCAUCUUGGUUCCAGCUACAUCACCGACAGCAUGUUGGAGGACUGUGAACCUCACUUCUAGACUUUUACCCAGGGGAGGAAACACGGGUUCAGAAACUACCAGUGGCCCCAUGUAGGGAUUUCAAAAUACCCUUUGUGUUAGCCCAGGCCCUGGGGGGUAGGGUGGCUCACACAAGCAAUAGUUGUUAAUUUCAUUUUUACCUGAACCAAAGCAAAACCCAGUGUUGCCACCAUGCUCCAUGGAAUGCCUAAGUUCAACACUGUUGCUCUUGAAAAUCUGGGUCUGAAAAAAGGCACAACAGCCCCACCCUGACCUACCUGAAAGUAUACACAGGGACCCAGUGAGGAUAAGCACAGAUUGAGUCAUGCAAUUUGGGGAUGCAGAUGUAAAUGCAUGAGGCAUGCAUCAUCGCUCAAGAGUUGACAUUUUAAAACUUGCCACACUCAAGUAUUUUACUUAUUUCAAAUAUCUGUAUUCAGCCAUGUUAACAAGGUACUGUAGAUGUCAAACUUGAGGCCAUACUAAUAAAAGCAUUACAAGGAGCGCUAAAGGAAAACUGUCCCAAGCAUCAUAUCCUGAGGCAUAAGGAAUUUGAGGAAGCUGCUUUGUGUAAUCCAGUGAAGAUUCAAUGUGCAGCCACCAAAAUUGUAGGAAAGUCUUGAAACCGAUCUGAGGAUUUAUGGUAUUCUGAAUUAAGUGCUACAAACCACCAGGUGGCAGAGUUGCACUUUUCCAGGCUUAUUAAGUAACUCUAACAGAUGAUUCUAGAAAAUUAGAACUGGAAGAAACUUCCAAGAACAUUUAGGCUAAUCCUCAUUUUACAAAUGAGAAAAAACUAAAACCUGUGGAAGGGAAGGAGUUGCCUCAAAAAUCACACAGCUUAUGAUAGCAGAGCCUGAUCUCAUGAUAACUACAAUUUCUUGUUUACAACUGGCCAGGAACUGUAUAAGUGGUUUAAUAGGCAUUAUCUUAUCCAACCCUCACAAAAAUCUUAUGGAGAUGUUAACAUUCUUUUUACUGAUGAGGAAACUGAGGCACUGCCUAGUUAAAGUCACAACCAAGGUCUCUGAGUCUGUGGUACAAUUGUUAUUCCAAUACAGGUUCAUCUGCCUCUGGAUCCACUGUUCUUAACCACUCACCAGGUCUGCCCAACUCUGUGCUCUUUCCCACAUGAACUUCCAGGUUUUUAUUACAAACUUAAGUAACAAUAUUUAAGUUGAAUUUUUUAAAAAUGGCAAUGCUGUCUGUCUCUAGCUCACCCCUUCCCACCUUUGAAUCCCAUCUGUAGCCGUUAUCCCAGGCCCACAUCUUAGCCAUGGCUUCCAUCUUCCAUUCCUCCAGUGGGUCACCAGCCUCACACACACUUGCAGGGGCCAGGCAGUGAGAGUUUUGAAAGACCACCAGUCUACUCGGCUAGGUGUCAAUGAGAAGUGAGAACUGAUCAAUGAGAACUGAUUUUUUCCAACAGUUAGUGUUGGCAGGGACACAAUAGAUGGGGCUAAGCACAUUUUCAAUCAACACUUACAAAGAAAUUUUCUUUAAUUUUAAAAUUAAAAACAAAGAUUUGUUCAUUGAACAAAUGUCUAAACUGCAUGCACUUCCAUGCCACAUUAUGAGUAGAGUGAAAAGGUGGAGGAAAAAGUGACAAAUCUGUAGACUGAAUUCAGCCCUGGGGUACCUUCUGAGAGUGCACAGGCAACUGACAGGGAAAGGUUUCUCUUGGUGGCAGUAUUGAGUUAAUAACAUCCUUUUUGUUGUGUGAAGACCUCUAGACAGCCAGGACUUCUCUAUCUCUUGACCUUCAUCCCAAAUUCAUUUUGCCCUUGAUUUAGCUAAGCCAAAUUAAGGAUUUGGGUCCUAUGCUAAAGUAGUCUCAGCUUUGAACAGUGGAGAAUUCAGAAGAUGAUAUAAGGUGUUAAUAACUAGUAAUAUUAACAGUUAUUAAGUACUUCCUUGGAAGACUUAGUAUAGGGUUAAAAACAGGAUUUGGAUCAUAGAAAAUGCCAAGUCUGAAUUUCUGAUGAACAACUUACUAGCUGUAUGACCUUGGGCAAGUUACUUAAUUUAUCUGUAAAACAGGUAGAAUUUGUACCAACUCAAAGGGUGGGUGUGAUUAAAUGAAAGAGUAAAAGAGUAAAAUAUUUGUUAAUUAACAUUUAUUGACUGCCUACCAUGUACUAGACACUUUUAAAUGUUUUCCAUGUAUAGUAUUUAGUCUUUGCAACAAUAAAGUGAGGUAGAUACCAUUGCAAUCCCAUUUUAUAGUAAAGGUUAAAUAAUUUGGCCAAAGUUACAUAGCAGUGAUAGAAUAUGGAUUUGGACUUAGAAUAAGGAUUCUGGAAUUUGAUCACUUAGGUGAGCCCAUACUCUUAACCAUUGUUAACAUCAUUGCUCCUGACAAGGACUCAAAAAA